CAGCAAAAACAAAACAGCACAAGCCGCAAUGAAGGCGCUCAGCUCGGUCACUAGCCUCUUCUCAGUGCUGGCAGUGCUCAGCUCAGCUGCAGCCGCAAGCGACGUCCGUGGCGUCGACCCAGCCGUCGCCGACCGCUACGUCCCUUCCUCGGGCAAGACGUUCACCUGCCUGUCUGGCGACAAGGUCAUUCCCUUCUCGUCCGUCAACGACGAGUACUGCGACUGCCCGGACGGCUCGGACGAGCCUGGCACAUCGGCGUGCGAGGGCAAGCCUGGAGCCUGGUUCUACUGCGAGAACAAGGGCCACAUUCCCGGCCGCGUGAGGAGCAGCCGCGUCAACGACGGCAUCUGCGACCCCGAAUGCUGUGACGGCUCGGACGAGUGGCAGUCCGGCGCAUGCCCCAACAACUGCGAGCAGAUCGCGCGCGAGUACCGCGAGCGCGUCGAGUUCGAGACCAAGAUCAGGAGAACAGGCGCCAAGAUCCGCUCGACUUACGUCAACUUUGCACUCAAGGAGAAGAAGCGCCUCGAGGAAGAGCUGGCGAACAAGCGUGCGGAGAUUGCAGAGCGCGAGCAAAAGGUGGAGGAGGCGCGUCAGGCUUUGGAACGGGCCGAGUCGCAGAGCCGCGACGAGAUGGAGCGUAAGAAGGCUACGCCCCUCUACCAGAGUGUCGAGAAGCACCGCCAAGCUCUGGCCGCUGUGCAGAUUCAGCAGCAGCGCACACACGAGGACCUGCAGACCGUGCUCGACCUUCUCGAGGAGUUGUCCAAGGGUUACAACCCUAACGGCCAGGACAUGGCCGUCAAGCACGCCGUCAUCCGCUACAAGGAGCUGAUUGGGCGUGCCGAGGCCGAAGAGGGCAGCCAGGAGGCGACUACGACAGAGGGCACGGAAGGCGCGGCGGAGACCCAAGCUCCCGCCGAGCCCACGCAGAAGCUCAACCUGUACCGCUCCGACCUCGAGGUCCCGAUGGACGAGGGCGAAAUCAUCCGCCUGCAGCAGACCGACCUCGAGUCGCUGCUGGUUUCUGAUGACGGCGACGACUAUGAAGACGAGGGCGGACUGCUGUACCGCCUGGAGGAGUACAUCCCCGACUCGCUGUUCGACUACUAUGACACUGCGCGCGAGACGGUCGUGUCGUGGCUGACGACCGCUGGCAUCAUCAAGGCGGCACAGUCACACCACAGCACCAGCGACGGCCCGCACGUUGCUGCUGCCCGUGAGCGCUUCCACGCUGCUGAGCGCGAGCUCAACAACCUCCACAACGACAUUUCAAGCUCGCAGGGCACGCUCGACAAGCUCUCGGACGGCUCGUUUGGCCCUCAGGGCGAGUGGAAGAAGCUCGACGGAACGUGUAUCGACACGGUCGCUGGCGACUACACGUACGAGCUAUGCUUCUUUGGCAAGGCGACGCAGAAGAGCAACAAGGACCACUCGUCCAACCACCUCGGCUCAUUUACGUCGUGGAACGGCACAGCCGAGUCGGGCUCACCAGAGUACUACACGCAGCAGAAGUACCAGAACGGCGCGCGCUGCUGGAACGGCCCGAUGCGCUCAGUCACGCUCGACCUGACGUGCGGCACCGUCAACUCGAUCACGUCGGUCACCGAGCCAGAAAAGUGCGAGUACCUGUUCCGCGGCACGACGCCGGCGCUCUGCCUGCCCCUCGAGGCGGGUGCUCCGGCCUCAGCGUCGCAGGUCGCCGCCGGCGCCGGCGCGUCCAAGGACGAGCUGUGA